ACAAGACAACUAAAGACAACAGCUGCAAUGAUCAACGAACAAAAAAAAGCACAAUAGCAUAUCUGGUUUUAGAAACCUCGUUGUAAUUGUAAUCUUUGUUCCUCUACUUUCAUGGCUUUGAAGGUGAUGCUUCUUCUUACCCUUGUUCUUGUUUUGCACAGUUUUGUGAUACCAACCUGCCAUGGCCAGACUAGUUCUCCUCAGAAUAUUGAAACUUUCUAUCCAAUCGAAUUUCCAGAACCAGUCCCCAUAACACAACCUCCUACGCCACAAGCAUCACCACCAUCACCAGGGCUGAGACCAGUGGCAGCAUCCACAACAAGCUCUUCAUCAAACAGUAAGAUAGUGCUGACUGUAGCUGCAACAGCAGCAAGUACUCUAGCUGUUUUUGGCUUGAUUUUCUUUUUAUUUCAAAGAUGCUUCAGAGCAAAGAGGAGAAAGGAGAUCCCCAACACUGUUGUGCCUCAGAUAAACGUGUUUGAGAGAAUGGAGGGAAACGUCAAGGGACUGAUUGUUGAUGAGGAUGGUUUGGAUGUGGUGUACUGGAGAAAGCUUGAAUGCAAAACCUCAGACAAGGGUUUCCAAAAGGAGGUCUUGCCUAGUUCCAAAAACAAAGAAGAAGAUGAUCAUGAAGGAAAUCAAGGGAAAAGAUAUGGGCCCAUUCAAGAAAUUCCUCUGCUUAGAGGGAAAUCUUCAACUUCCCAUAUGAGUAUAUUUCCAGAAGAGUCAUAUACAAUUAUGAGAAUUCCACCUCCUUCUCCUCUUCAUGUUUUUUCUGAAUCAGUUGGAGUUGCUACCAAGGGUCUUCAGAAACCACCAGACUCUCCUACUCAAAUAUUUGCUCCACCCCCUCCCUUUUCAUCACCCAAACCACCCUCCAUCUCUUUAUCAUCAAUUCCAAAAAUGACAAGUCCUGCACCACCACCACCCCCUCCAACAAUACUUGAUAGAAAGAGUCAAGCACCACCACCACCACCUCCCCCUCCACCAAUCCCAGAUAGAAAGAGCCCAGCACCACCACCUCCGCCUCCACCAAUCCCAAGUAGAAAGAGCCCAGCACCACCACCUCCUCCUCCACCAAUCCCACAUAGAAAUACCCCUGCACCACCACCAAUCCCUGCUAAAAAGAGUCCAGCACCACCUCCUCCUCCUCCAUCAAAAGCAGGUGGCUUGAAGUCAUCAUCAAAACCACCACCUACCCCUAUUGAAAAGUCAAUUACCACAGGCAAUGAUCAAGUAAAACUGAAGCCUUUGCACUGGGACAAGGUGAAUACUAAUCUUGAUCACUCUAUGGUGUGGGACAAAAUUGACCGUGGUUCUUUCAGGGUUGAUGGUGAUCUUAUGGAAGCUCUUUUCGGGUACGCUGUCACCAACCGAAAUAAUAAUACCCCAAAAGGAAAUGACGCAACAAGUCCAAGCAGGGAUGCCUCAGCUCCAUCAACAAAUGUUUUCCUUCUUGACCCCAGAAAAUCACAAAACAUUGCUAUUGUUUUGAAAUCUCUGGCAGUAUCACGAAAAGAAAUUAUUGAUGCACUCGCUGAUGGUCAAGGUCUUAAUACAGACGCCAUUGAAAAGCUUGGCAGAAUAGUCCCAACAGAAGAAGAGCAAUCCCUUAUACUUGAAUAUGAAGGACAUCCAGCAAGACUUGCUGUUGCUGAAUAUUUCCUUUAUCACAUCCUCAAAGCUGUUCCUUCAGCAUUUAAGCGCUUGAAUGCAAUGCUCUUCAGGUUGAACUAUGACUCCGAGAUUCUAGAAAUCAAGGAGUUUCUACAGACCCUUGAGCUGGGGUGUAAGGAGCUUAGAAACCAAGGGGUAUUUGUGAAGCUUCUUGAAGCAGUGCUCAAAGCUGGAAAUCGUAUGAAUGCAGGUACUCAAAGAGGUAAUGCUCAAGCUUUCAACUUGGCUUCUCUAAGAAAGCUCUCUGACGUAAAAAGCACUGAUGGAAAAACCACAUUGCUUCACUUUGUGGUUGAAGAAGUAGUUCGUUCUGAAGGAAAACGUGCUGUUCUUAACCGCAAUCACAGUUUGAGUCGUAGUAACAGUAGGAGCAGCAGCAGCAGCAACAGCAGUGGACACUCUGAGAACUCUGAUACUUCAAAUGAGCAAAGACAAAGGGAAUGUAUAACGCUGGGGUUACCAAUUGUAGGAGGGAUCAGUUCUGAGUUUUCCAACGUCAAAAAAGCAGCGCUUAUAGAUUACAAAAGUUUUGUUGGUUCAAUCUCAGCACUCGCAGCAAAAAUAGUUGAAAUUCGAGAACUUGUUCUCCAGUGUGGAAAUGAUGAAAGAGGAGGCUUUGUGAAAGAAAUGAACCAUUUUCUAGAAAAUGCUAAGGUGGAAUUGAAAUUAGUGAGAGAAGAGCAGACAAGGGUAAUGCAGCUUGUGAAGAGAACAACAGAUUAUUAUCAAGGAGCUUCUUCAAAGGACAGUGCAGAACACCCUCUUCAUCUAUUUGUCAUAGUCAAGGAUUUUCUGGAUAUGGUUGAUCAAACUUGUAUUGAGAUUGCACGUAACAUGCAAAGGAGGAAGACAACUAGGGCAAAUUUAGGGUAGUAGUCAGUAGAGACACCAGCAUAAGGACUUCUGAGGUUUCAAACUGAAUGUUGGCCAAACUGGUUCAACUUUUUUCUAUUGGACCAUUACAUAAGGGAGCUGAAGCUGAAGUCCUAAAAGUCAAGAGUUCAGAAUGAUAGGAUUGCGUUGUUUCAUUGAGAGUGUGAAUGAGACAGGUCCCAAAUUAUAGUGACUCGGAAGAGAGUAACUUAGAGGAGCGUGGACCCAACCUAGCGCAGCUGAAUAUUGGAGGUUAUGAAAUACUGUGAAAGCAGGGUAUGCUUUUGCAAA